AUGCCGCGCCCGCCUACCUCGUCACCUCCCCCGGCCAGCUUCCCCUUCACAGCAGGCAGCUUCGACUACCCCCACGCCUCGACGUCUCCCUCAAAUGCCACACAACCUAUCGCAUGGAGCGUGUUGCGCUUAGUGGAGGAACCCCCCGAGCGCUCGCCCGCCCACUUGCAGCAGCUGAGGUCCACUUCACAAGAAACCAGCCGCCGUGUGAACCAGCGACGCCGACUGCACCGCUUGCUCGGCUCGCCCCAUGGCAGCGACGAAACCGUGUACAGCCUGCUGCGACGGCCACCAUCCGCAAACCCGCAUCGUCUGCGGGCCACACCGAGCGAACGCUACCUCCAACGCGCGCAAGCACGAAUCGACGAAGAGCGUGAUGCCAUAAUGAAUUCUGCUACCGAGCCCUUCGAUUCCCUCAGCGAGCGCCCCCCUAUCGUAGCUGGCGCAGAGCGCACCAACAUACCCAAUCGCCAUUCAAGUCCAGGCGCGCCUGACACCACACAAAGGCGAACGAAGCGGAGAAAGUUGGAUCACGAGUCCAGUAGAAAUCCAGAGUGCAAAACCUACAAGUACGGCUACAAGGGCCAAAUGGUUCCAGGACGUCUGCGCAUGGAGGUCGUCAGCUGCGACGGCGGUCAGAUCAGGCGCGACAACCCGAUGCGCAUAUACGACGUGGAGAACGUCCUAAAGAACGAUAAGAGUGUAUACUGCAGCGAAAGCUCAAAAUGCAACCUCCUGCUCAAGCACAUCGGAGAUGCUCCAUUUGCACUGGAAAAAGUGGUAAUUCGAGCACCGGACCGUGGUUUCACGUCUCCCGUGCAAGAAGGAUUGGUGUUUGUCGCAAUGUCCCCGGAACAACUUCUUUCCGGCACAUCCGCCUACCGACUGGAGCAUCGUUCCCAUUCUUCAUCAGCCUCGCCCUCUCCCAGACGUGGUGCCCCCACUCAUAACGAAGAGCAGAUUUCUCUAAGAGAGGCUAUCGACGAUGCAGAUGUCUGGCAACACUCUCGCCGCCGUAUGCAAGAUGAUGUCGAAUUGCGUAUAGAGCGCCUGAGACUGCGCACGCGGCAGCUGAACCAGGAAUCACGUGCACGUGCAGAGCCAAAUCACCAGAGGACUUUGGAACCCUCGGUGGCGAGCGAUGAGGAAAUCGAUUUCGACUGCGAUUACACCACCUCAGCAGGGGUGUCAGCACCUACACCACCCCCCUUCAACGUUACAACGACUAGCGAAGAGGAGGAGGAGGAGGAAGAGGAGGAGGGAGAAGAAUUAUCCAAUGACGACUAUCCCAAUGUCGAAACCAUGGCCGAUCGUAUUCAGCGUGAGGGUCGUUGGCGACCCAGUAGUGAUGAUGAAGACGAAGAUGUCGUGUCCCGCCGUGGCACAGGCGCACGCUUUCGCCAACUUCUGGAGACUGCACAAUUCGCCGACGAUCAUGAGAUGCGAUCACGUCGCAUUGCAAUCGGCCCACGGUAUCGAGAUCUGCUGGAUAAUACGGAACCCAUCCGAGCGAGUCGACUUACGAGACCCAGUCGCAUUGAAGCCGGUAAUGAGGAUGCAGAAACAGGCAAUGUGCUGGCGCCGCAUGCAAGAUUUUUCAUUAAGAAGAACAGGAACAAGAUCACAAUCAAGUUUGAGCCUGCGAUCUCUGGCAGAAACAUCUUGCUGAAGCUAUGGAGCCCCAAAGACUCCGAAGACGGCAACAUCGAUAUCGAGAGCGUUCAGUUCUACGGAUACUCUGGCCCUCGCUUCUUCCAAGCUACACAAGCAUGCUAG